AUGACGGACACACCGCUGCAUUACCAAACCAUCACCGACGUGGCGGCCCGGAUCCGGUCGCGUGAGAUUUCGCCGGUGGAAUUGACCCAGGCGUUGCUGGACCGCAUCGCCGCGCUGGACGGGGAGCUGAAGAGCUACGUGACCGUCAUGGCGGAACCGGCAAUGGCAGCGGCAAGAACUGCCGAGGCUGAAAUUGCCGCCGGGCAGUACAAAGGCGCGCUGCACGGCGUACCCAUCGCGGUGAAGGACCUGUGCUUCACCACCGGCGUGGCCACCAUGGGCGGGUUGCAGGCGCUGCGCGACUUCGUGCCUGACUUUGACGGCACUGUGGUCCGCCGGCUGAGCGACGCCGGCGCGGUCAUCCUGGGCAAGCUGAACCUCACCGAGGGCGCGAUGGCGGGAUACAACCCGUCGUUCGACAUCCCGGUGAACCCCUGGGGCGCGGACCGUUGGGCUGGCGCCUCCUCCAGCGGCUCGGGAGUGGCCACCGCGGCCGGCCUAUGCUACGGCUCUUUGGGCAGUGACACGGGCGGGUCGAUCCGUUAUCCCGCGGCGGCGUGCGGCACUGUAGGCAUCAAGCCAACGUGGGGCAGGGUCAGCCGGUAUGGGGUCUUGGCGCUGGCGGAGUCGCUGGACCACGUCGGCCCGAUGACCCGCAGCGCGGCUGACGCCGGGAUCAUGCUGCAGGCAUUGGCAGGGCACGACCCCAACGACCCCACGUCGCUUCAUGCUCCUGUGCCGGACAUGCUGGCCGGGUUGGGACAGGGCGUCCAGGGAAUUCGCAUCGGCGUUGACGAACGCUACAUUGGCGACGAGGUGGAUGCCGAAGUUGCCGAAGCGGUCCUGGCCGGCGCGCGUUUGCUCGAAAGCAUGGGGGCGCAGCUGGUCGCCGUGCAGAUGCCGGACACGCUCCCGUUUUCCAGCGCAUGGGGCGUGUUGUGCUCCGCGGAAGCGGCAGCAGGCCAUCGGGACACCUUCCCGGCGCGCGCCGACGACUAUGGCCCGUGGUUUCGGGGCUGGCUGGAGAAGGGACACCGCUACAGCGCGGCUGAAUUCGCCGCCGCCAACCAGGUGCGGCUGGCGUGCAACGGCAUCCUGGCGGGGAUAUUCGAGGACAUUGAUGUGCUGGUGUGCCCGUCCAUGAUGACUCCUCCGGGUCGGGUCACGCCGGAGGAACUGUAUGGACCCAUGGAUGAGGACGAGUGGACGUGGGGCCGGUUUCACCGUCCCCUACGAUUUCAGCGGCGCGCCGACGAUCUCGCUGCCGGCGGGAUUGAACAGCGAGGGCUUGCCGCUGAGCAUCCAGUUCAUCGGCAAGCACCUCGCCGAGCCGCUGCUAGUGCAAGUCGGCGACGCCUACGAGCGGGCGACGCAGCACAAUCUGCGGCCGGGCAUUUAAAGAUUGAACGGAAGCUAAUUCGACAGUACUCCGUCCAGCUGUAG